UGACUGAGAGAGAGAAAGAGAGAGAGAUACCAAUUCAACCACAAAAAGAGAGAGAGAACGGCACACCCAGCGGAGGAGAGUUGCAGCCAUGGAAGAGAUGGACAGCAAGCCCUACCAGCCCUUGUCCAAGGGACGCCAUGAGAUGGAGAUGUCCUACACGAGCUCAUCAGAUGAGAGUGAGGAUGGGCGUCCAGCUCGCCAGCAGUCCUACACAUCUAGAGAGACCCUGCCGGACUACACACACGAGCUCCGACUCACCCUGGGAGCCCAUCGAGACCGACAGAGUAACUACAGCCAGCAACAGCCAGACCUGGAGUUCUGCAAGCCCUCCCAGAUGAGGAGUCCAGACUACCCCCGUCUGGAGGAGGCAGGGCAUCAGCGCCCAGGGGCUGGGCGUGGCUACUCCCUGGGGGUGGGCUCGGACGUGGACACGGAGCCUGAGGCGGACCCCUCCCCUGCGCAUGGCCUGCAACACAUGUGGCUCCGCGGCAUGAAGUCUGGCCAGAGCUCCUGCCUCUCCAGCCGAGCCAACUCUGCUCUCUCCCUCACCGACACUGAGCAUGAUAGGAAGUCAGAGGCGGACAACG